CGCGAGGAUGCUGGUCGCACCACGCCUCUCCAUCCCUUCCUAUUCCAAGGCUGCACGAAGCGACUCCCGCUCGUACCAUUUCCUAGUCGUGCAUGACGCUGCAAGUGCCCAUCUCUCUGGACUUCUUUCAAUGUCCGCCGCUGCCUCCCACCGACAUCGCCCGCUUCAUAGCAUUGGGCGAAAAGGCAGCCAAGGACUUGGUCGAGUUCACGCAACUCGUCGGCGGGUCCAUCAACUGGGCGUUCUAUGCUCAAGACGACAAAGUCAAGCUGUUCCGCGGACGUCACGAGAACGUCCCGCUCUUUUGCGCCCACACCGAGAUCGAGGCGACGCUCGACGACAUCAUCCCAAAUUUCCUCACCUUCGACACCCCCAGCGUCCGCGCAUCUGCGUUUACCUUCUUCCCUGACAUCAUGGACAUCGUUCGGCUGUACAACAUCACCAUGCCGACACCGAGACGGCCACACCACUACCUCGGGAUCAACUGGUGUCUUCUUGCGACGCCGUUAGCCGGGAUUGUCGUGAAGCGUCGCGACCUGUGCUACCUCGAGUACCAAGACAAUCUCGUUGUUGGCGGCAAGCGCGCAUGGGUUCGCGCCCUCGUUCAUGUCGAGGUUCCGGCGUGCCCCGAUCUGCAGCUCAAAUACGGCAUCGUCCGGGGCAAGAUGCUGCAUUCCGGGUUCAUCUACGUCGAGUGCGACCAACCGGGCGUGUUGCAGGUGUUUGAGCUGCAACAUGUGCAGCCAAACGGGUCGAUUCGUGGCUCGAUCGGCGACUACUUGGUGACAAAGUCGGCCGUGAGUCAGUGCGGCAACCUCAACUUGCUCGGGCAGAAGCUCCGCGCCGCGAAACUCAGUCGGCUUCAAUUUCUCCCGGACCAUGCCGUCGUGUCGCUCAGUGCUCGAUCCAGUUGCCACGUCUGCGACAAGAAAUUUGGACACCUCAGGCGGCGCCACAACUGCCGCCGGUGCGGUGAGGUGGUGUGUGGCCGUCCAUGUAGCACGAUGUGGAAGCUGAUGGCGUCGGGCAUUCGUGUCCACGUGCGGCUGUGCUGUCCGUGCGCGACUUUAAACCUACCGGAGUCGAACGACAGCGUCGAAACAUCGCUGUCGAUAGCCAACAGCACAGACGACUAUCAAGAGUCCCUUCACCACCACGUCCCAACGACCAUGAGUUCGCAUCUUCAUCUUGUCGGUCCUCCCUCAAGUGCUGCGUUCGACGACUCGGCCCCAUUCGAUGCGCACAGCACGAUGCGGACGGAGUGGGUAACCCAAGACGACGUCGAGUGGGUCACAUACAAGCCCUCCUUGGAUCUCGACAGCAUAUCCGACGCCACGUCCCCCAUGUCGACACCGCAUCACACCAACACACCGUCGCUGCUGGCGCAGUCGUCGACUCCACUGCGAGCGAAGCAGGACAUGCCGUUUGGCAGGUAUGCCGUCGCCCUUGGAAAAAUCGGGACUGCGUCCCUGAGCAGUAGCACCGGCGCCAAUCGCGCGUACCACCAAACACAGUGAAAUCGUUGGUUUUCGUUGUACCAGAAGUGUUGGUAGGUGCGAAUGGAGGGAACGCGGGGAAAGGUGCCACUCCAUAUUUAUUGCUCCAUGAACAUGUCCCCCCAGCGAGAGCAAACGAUGCCACCCUGGCCACGACACCAUGGCACCCCAUUGUUGGCACCGAGUACGACCUGCGGUGGCGGGCGAGUCCAAUGCCAGCUCUGCCCGACCAUGAACGGACGGGACGGCGGCAACGUGUCGCAAAAAGUGACAUGUGCGAUGGGAAACCAGAGCCUGCUG